AUGGUAUGGAGCCUCACAUCUGGUGAAAUGAUUCAAGAAAUUGUUUCACCAGUGGCAGGAUAUAUUAGUGCAAUCACUUGGAUUGAUGUUGAUGAUCGUGGAGAGACGACCUUUGCGUUUGGGGCAUCGGAUGGCAACAUCCAAAUCUAUGAAAGAAUCGAUGAUGCACUUUCAAAUUUUGCAGUACUACCACUCGGUCACUCAGGUCUGGUAGAGUUGCUUGCUUGGGAUCCUGUGCAUCAUCGACUGGCGAGUGCCAGUGAUGGUCGACCCCACAUUUGGAACUUCACACCAGACAAAAAUCUUGUUUCUAUCACCUCAAAGCUCGACAAGCAGCCAUAUGUGGCGCACACAGUACACUUCUAUGACAAUGGUGCUUCAAUACUAGUAUCAUAUCUUGAAAGCGGUGAAAUUUUCUGUUAUUCCAUCGAACCCUGA